UUUGUCUUAGGACUCAAGUGUGAUGCUAAUGGGGCAUUUAUUGACCAGGAUGCACCCCCACCACCUCAUACGGAUGCCCUCCCAACCGAUUGGAUGCCUUAUGACAAUUGUGCUGAAUUUGAGACGGCAGAAUUCUUAUUCAUGCGCAAUCAAAUGUCUGCAAAGCAGAUUGAUACACUUCUCAACUUGUGGGCCGUGACUCUCAUUAAGCACAACAAUGCCCCCCAAUUUGCAAACCAUAGGGACAUGUACGCUACAAUCGAUGCAACACCACUCGGCGAUACCCCUUGGAAGAGCUUUACAUUGUGCUACAACGGAGCCAAACCCAAACAAGAUGUACCGCUGUGGAUGGAUGGACAAUAUGAUGUGUGGUAUAGAGAUCCAUUGGAAAUGAUGUGCAGCAUUUUGGCAAACUGUGCUUUUGAUGGAGGAAUCGAGUAUUCACCCUACCGCAAUUAUACUACUGAGGACAAACAAUAUUGGAAGAACUUUAUGUCUGGUGACUGGGCAUGGAAACAGGCAGAUGAUAUUGCUCGAAAUGAGGAGAAUCAUGGUUCGACAUUUGUACCAUUGAUUAUUGGCAGUGAUAAGACUGUUGUUUCUGUCACUACUGGUCAGACCGAAUACCACCCACUCUAUCUCUCAAUCGGGAACCUUCACAAUAGCGUACAACAGGCACAUCGCAAUGGUGUUGUCCUCAUUGGAUUUCUUGCGAUACCGAAAUGUAAGUACUUGUUAUUCUCAAUGCAUCACUGUAUCAUAACCUUCAUUUGUCUAGCUACGAAGGAACAUAAUGAUGACAUCAAAUACAGAAAUUUUCGACGGCAGCUGUUCCAGCGCUCCCUUGCAAAGAUUUUCGAGUCUGUGAAACCUUUCAUGGAAAAUUUUGAUGUCACACGCUUUCCAGAUGGCCACUAUCGAUGCACAGUGUACGGCUUGGGCCCUUACAUUGUGGACUAUCCAGAACAGAUACUUUUCUCUGGCGUCGUGCAGAACUGGUGUCCACGGUGCAUCAUCAAACUUUCACAUACCGAGUUGCUCAUCAAACAACUCACAUACAAACAGGCUUGGGAUGAGUAUGGCAUCAUUGCCGAUCUUGUUCCAUUUACAAAUGACUUUCCUCGAGCGGACAUCCACGAGCUCCUAUCU